UCUUUCAACCAAUCACCAUGCAGAAACCGAACGUAACACGUAUCAAAAAGUGAAGAAACAGGAAAUAAGGAAAUUUCGCAAUUCAUUGGACUGGCUCUCUCACUCUGCAUCUUAGAUAAGUAAGAGAAAAAGAUUAGAUUUUUUUUUUUAUAAAAUUGGGAUUUUUGUGUGUGGUUUUUGAGGAUCGAUGGCUGCACCACCAGCAAGAGCUCGGGCUGAUUAUGAUUACCUCAUUAAGCUUCUUUUGAUUGGUGAUAGUGGUGUGGGGAAGAGUUGUCUGCUUUUACGCUUUUCUGAUGGUUCCUUUACUACUAGUUUCAUAACAACUAUUGGAAUCGAUUUUAAGAUAAGAACCAUUGAGCUUGAUGGUAAGAGGAUCAAAUUACAAAUCUGGGAUACAGCUGGUCAAGAGCGAUUUCGAACUAUUACAACUGCUUACUAUCGUGGAGCCAUGGGGAUUUUGCUGGUUUAUGAUGUUACUGAUGAGUCAUCUUUCAACAAUAUUAGGAACUGGAUUCGCAAUAUUGAACAACAUGCUUCGGACAAUGUCAACAAGAUACUGGUUGGAAACAAGGCUGACAUGGAUGAGAGCAAAAGGGCUGUGCCAACCUCCAAGGGUCAAGCUCUUGCUGAUGAGUAUGGUAUCAAGUUCUUUGAAACUAGUGCUAAGACAAAUUUGAAUGUGGAGGAGGUUUUCUUUUCAAUAGCCAGGGACAUUAAGCAAAGGCUUGCUGAAUCUGAUAAUAGGGCCGAGCCCUCGACACUCAAAAUUAAUCAGCAAGACCCUGCAGCAAGUGGUGGUCAAGCUGCUCAAAAGUCGAGUUGCUGUGGAUCGUAAAGGUUAUAAAAGUAUGCAUAUUCACCAUGGAUGGUUCAGCUAUUGGCACUCAAAAGUAAAACUAAUUUCGAUGACAUUAUUUCUGUUAUUUUUUUCACAACUACCAAGCUUAGCUGUUAAAGGCAGUUCCCUAUUUUUCACAUAAUUUGUUGAAUUUAUAAACAUCUGUCUUUACUCUUCUUGAACUUAAGUUACCCCUGUUAUGUAUUUGUCUUGAUGUAGAUGGAUAAUCUGAAUUCAAGCAUGUUUUCUCUUAGAAGGAUAAAAAAGAAGGCGCAGUGCCAGGAGUUCAGUUUUGUAUUCAUAAUUCAUGCUCAUAUACGUGUAUGUUGUUUGGUAAUGUCUUUAUCCAGGUGAGCUCAGAGACCAUUGAUGCUUAGAACUUAC